AUGGCUGCUACCACCACCUCAAGCCUGCGGAGACUAGCCAAUGUGGCAUCCCACCUCUCAUUUUCAAGGCCAUUUAGCUCACAGCACAAUCUCUCCAGUCAAACGGCCACCCUCAACACCGGUGCCAAGAUCCCUAUCAUUGGUCUCGGAACAUGGCAAUCCCAGCCAAACGAGGUUGAGAAGGCCGUAGAGAUUGCUCUUCGGAAGGGAUAUCGACACAUCGAUACCGCGCUUGCCUAUGGCAACGAGGCGGAGGUCGGUCGGGGAAUCAAGAACUCGGGCGUGCCCCGCAGCGAGAUCUGGUUGACAACCAAGCUCGACAACCCAUGGCACAAGAGAGUCGAGGAGGGAAUCAACUCGUCCCUGGAAUCCCUCGGCACCGAUUACGUCGACCUAUAUCUUAUGCAUUGGCCAUCAUCAACGGACCCCACCGAUUUGAAGAAGCAUCUCCCAGACUGGAACUUCAUUAAGACGUGGCAAGAGAUUCAGAAACUCGCAGCCACUGGCAAGGUUAGGAAUAUUGGUGUAUCCAACUUUGGCAUCAAAAAUCUCGAAAUUCUACUCAAUGAUCCCUCGUGCAAGAUCGUCCCAGCUGUUAACCAAGUCGAACUCCACCCCAACAACCCAUCCCCAAAGCUCGUUGAGUACUGCAAAACGAAGGGCAUCCACUGCACCGGCUACUCCUGCCUCGGCAGCACCAACUCGCCCCUCUACAGCGACAAGACACUCCUCUCGAUGGCAGAGGCCAAGGGCAAGACCCCACAACAGGUCUUGCUUGCGUGGGGUAUUCAGAAGGGAUGGUCUGUGAUUCCAAAAUCGGUUAACAAGGAACGUAUCGAGAAGAACUUCGAGCUGGAUGGAUGGCAGUUAACAGACGAGGAGAUCAAAAAGUUGGAUAGUCUUCCGGAUAGAUUCAAAGUUUGCGGGGAUGCUUGGCUGCCAAUCAAGGUAUUCUUUGGAGAUGACGAGUAG